AUGGCCUCCACUAACAGAAGCGCGUUCACCACGGCCGCCCAGCGAGGCGUCCAGCUCUUCGAAUUCUCGUCCUCCCAUGUCCUGGAUUCCGUGGUGUUCAGCGGGAGGACGCGGCGCUUCGAAGUCUCCUCGAGCCAUCGCCAGCAUACGACUACUAUCCGCUGCUUCAGCCCCGAACGGACGGUGUGCACCAUUGACUGGGGCACGAGGAUCGUUGAGAUACCGGAUGGCAGUGCCCCGAAACAGCGCAUCUCGGAGUAUCUAGCUCUGGAUCGUAGACGGAAGACCCGAAAACUCACCUUCGGCGACGUUGAAUACACUUGGAUCCCAAAGAAGGAUGGCUUUUCCCUUUAUAACAAGAAAACGAACCAGGACAUGGCGAAUAUCUGGACGCUCCCCGGCCACCCCCCUCGCGUCGAAAUAUAUUGCCAUAGUGUGCAUGCUGGCUUACUCGAUUCGUGCGUGAUCGCUGCGGUCCUUUUCCUCAGCAAGAGGAAUCUCGACAUCGACAAUGACCGUCCCAAUGUCUGA